GCGUUCGGAACUGCGGGCGAAGGUCGUAGCUCGGACGAGGAAUCGAAGGUCGAUGCGAUACGAACACCAACACCCAGCGACCCAGGGAGGCACGGCGCGGGGCACUCGGCCAGGACGCUGCAGGAGGCACGGGCACUCUUACCAUGGCGCAGGUUCUUACCAAGGUACCCAAGAUGGCAAACAGGCGUGUUUUCGUCGUUGGAGUUGGAAUGACGAAGUUUGAGAAACCUGGUCGACGAGAGGACUUUGGUUACCCUCAGAUGGUAAAAGAAUCUGUAGGCAAAGCCCUGGCUGAUGCAAAACUCAGCUAUGAUAAGAUCCAGCAAGCUACCAUUGGAUAUGUUUAUGGUGAUUCAACAUGUGGUCAGCGUGCCUUGUAUGAGGUUGGCAUGACAGGCAUACCAAUGUACAAUGUCAACAACAACUGUUCAACUGGGUCCACGGCACUUUUGCUGGCAAAGAACAUCAUUGCAGGCGGCCAGGCUGAUUGUGUUCUGGCUGUUGGCUUUGAGAAGAUGGAGAGAGGAUCUUUGAAAGCUAAGUAUACGGACCGGGAAAAUCCCAUCGAAAAGCACGUGUAUAGCUUAGCCAAUGUAGCAGAACUUGAGAGUGCUCCAAUGGCGCCACAGCUGUUUGGUAAUGCUGGAAAAGAGCACAUGGCAAAGUAUGGCACCACACCCCUGCACCUGGCCAAGAUUGCUUAUAAAAAUCAUCUCCAUUCAACUAAUAACCCUUACUCACAGUUCCAAGAAGAAUAUACCUUGGAUCAAAUCCAAGCAUCCCCCAUGGUGACUUGCCACCUCACCAAGCUCCAGUGCUGCCCAACCUCUGAUGGAUCUGGUGCUGCUAUUCUUGCCUCUGAAGACUUUGUAGUAUCCAAUGGCCUUCAGAAUCAGGCAAUUGAGAUCCUGGCAAUGGAGAUGGCAACAGAUCUGCCAUCAACUUUUGAGGAGGAAAGCCCCAUGAAAAUUGUUGGUUUUGACAUGACAAGAACAGCAGCCCAAAAAGUUUUUAGUAUUGCAGGAGAAUCACCAGCAAAUGUUGAUGUGGUUGAACUUCAUGAUUGCUUCUCUGCUAAUGAACUUAUUACUUAUGAAGCUCUUGGCUUGUGUGAAGAAGGUGAGGCUGGAAAGAUGAUUGAUGCUGGUGACAACACAUAUGGUGGAAAGUACGUCAUUAAUCCAUCUGGUGGGCUUAUCUCAAAGGGCCACCCCCUAGGUGCCACAGGCCUUGCGCAGUGUGCCGAGUUGUGUUGGCAGCUGCGUGGUGAAGCAGGCAAACGUCAAGUGCCUGGGGCAAAAUUAGCUCUUCAGCAUAACAUUGGUCUCGGAGGAGCAGCGGUUGUAGCACUCUACAGGAUGGGCUUCAGAGGCAAUGAAAGGGGGAUUGUGGCAGCAGCUACAUCAGCUGGAGAGGAGUUUAAAAGUGCAAAUAUCUUCAAUGCCAUUGAAGUUGCACUUUCUGAAGACGGACCUAAGCUCGUUAACAAGGUAAAGGGUGUGUACUGCUUCCAAGUCAAGGGAGGUCCUGAUGGCAAAGAAGCCAAGUGGAUUGUGGAUGCCAAGAAUGGGUCAGGUUCAGUUACUUUCAAUGGAGGAGCCAAGCCAGAUGUCACAAUCACCAUGAAUGACAAUGACCUUGUUGAUCUGAUGGAAGGGAAGCUGAACCCACAGAAGGCCUUCUUCCAAGGAAAGUUGAAGAUAAAGGGAAACAUGGGGUUAGCCAUGAAGUUACAAGAAUUCCAAAAAGAUACAAAACAGCUCAAGGCCAAGCUCUAGGGUUUGAAUGCCUUUUCUUACCCCCUUUCUCUUUUCUUUUCCUGUCUUUUCUUCUUGCUGUGUCUCAUUCUCCCCUUCCUAUUCCUUUUCUCUUUCCCCCUUCAUCCUAUAAAUUCAUUUUUAAUGCUUCUACAUUCAGAAUACCCUCCUCUUUGGCAUCAUUAUGCAUCUGUAAGACUUUUAAGAAGACAAGAAAUAGCAUCAGUUUUUUAUCAUAUAACAAGGGAUGAUGGUAAAAGAAAAUCUACUUGGAUGCAAUAACAGUGUUUAUGUCUCCAUUUCUUUUAUGUUAUAAAUGGAUUUAUAGCAGUCUGGUGGAGUAGAACCAGAAUGUAAUUAGAUUGAUUUGAUAAACGUCUCAAGGACUGGCCCGGGCACUUGACGUUAAAAAGAGCUUUGAAAUCUUGGAUAUAACACAGAUUUAAUUGCAUCCUAGAAAUGUCCAACUUUUGAAAUAACUAUCCACCAAAGAAACAGGAAGCAAGGAUAGGGCUGGUGAUUAAUUGCAAAUGAGCCAAAAUCCUAUGCAUAAUAUUAUCUGAGCACCAUAAUAGACACAAAUUAUCAGUUCCACAAUGUAUAUGCAUUGAAGAAUAAAGUAAUGACAAGAAUUUCACACACAAGUUGUAUGUAUUACCUGAAUGGACGAAUAUUUCCUGAGGAUGGUGAUUUUAUAUUACAAAAUGGAUGAACAUGGCCAGUUUUCAUUAAAAUCUACUGUCCAUGUAUCUAUGUGCCCCAGUUUCUUCCUUUACUAAAUGAAAUUCUCUUUAAUAAGUUUACGUUAUAGCCAAUUUCAAAAGUUAAACAUUUUAGUAUUGUUGGAAAUAAGGUGCCCCUGUACAAAGCAAGUUUCACAAUUUAAGAUACCUACGUGGAUUUGAAGUCCACUAGCAGUGUAAUCAAUGAAUGUUUGAAAUUGUUUAAGGUAUUUGCAUGUGCAAAUAAAGCAAUGCCAGCAAUGCAAUGGAAAUGACUGUACAGCCUUCAGGUACUAAGCCUUUGAAUGCAUGAAUUAGUACUGAAUAAGUGAACUGAGAUUGUAUGCACGUCUUAGUUUAGUAUCAAGGAAGCAAAAUUUGGAAGAACAAAAGUUAAUGUUAAUUGUUACAAUAAUUUGGUUUAUACACUUUAUUUUACAUUGUAUAAUCUUUUCAAAAUAUUAUUUUGUUUAUAUAGAUAUCUAUGUUUUAAUAAAGACAUAUUAGAUUAAA